ACACUCUGUGAAAACAGCAACAAGAAGAAUAUAAAUGCAUAAUACAAAUUUCAUUUCAAGUUGGCAUAUGAACAUAAAAACAGGAUUAUUUCGCCACUGUGAAUCUGUGUCUGAAUUUUGUAACAUUCCACAUCAAGGUAAACCAAACGAUCAAUGACAUGCCAAUAAAAAAAGCGUCUACAUGACCGCAAUAGGAAGUAAUAAAAAGCAUCUGGACUUCGACCAUGGCGUUAGGGAUGGAAUGGAUGUUGAUCCUGGGAGCUCUGGGUGUUGGUCAGUUAUACAUGUCCUAUCUGUACCUGUUCAAUAGCAAACAAGAUUUAGAGGUAAAGUCGACUGUUCCACUGCUGUGUUAUUUUGGACUUGAUUCUGGUUGGCCGGACAAUGGUACCCUUCAUCCUGCAUUGAACGCUACCCUCUGUACACAUUUAAUAAUGAUAAGUUCUUCAACAAAAGACUGCGAGAUAUCGCCUGGAAGUCCUGACGACCCUAAAAAAUAUUUCAGCAAGAUUCCUUUACUAAGGCAGCAAAAUCCACACUUGAUAAUAAUGUUGUCAAACGGUGGUGGAGGAAAUGUUGGAAUGACAGAAGUUUUAGGGUCAAUGGUUAAUACGACAAAGUAUGUAAAUAGCGUAAUACCUUUCCUGAAGAAGUUUGACUUUGACGGUAUUGAUAUGGACUGGGAAUUCCCUGGCUGGAACGGUCUACCUAAAGGACAAAGAGCCAAUUUCACUAACAUGUUACAGAAUAUGCGAGAAAAAUUUGACUUGGAGGAGAAAAUGAGUGGCAGAAAGUACCUUCUGUCGGCGGCGGUGGCGGCAGGACGGGCUGUGAUGGAAAUAUAUGAUGUUCCGGCACUCAACCGAUCACUAGAUUUUAUCAACCUAAUGUGCUAUGAUUACCAUGCAUACGCGUUCUACGAUCCGGUGACUGGUUACAAUAGUCCAUUAUAUCCAACCGACUGGCAGAAAAAAAUUGUGAUACGGUCUGGGAACGUGGGUUGGUCUUCAUACGAGUGGAAUAAACGCGGCAUGAUAAAAUCAAAGAUAAUGGUUGGAAUACCUACAUACACUCACACCUGGACGCUAGAAAAGCCUGAUACUUACCACGGUCAUGAUGCCCCAGCCACAGGACCUGGAAAAGGGUGUGAUGAAUGCACUUAUCCUUGGAUUUGUGACUUUCUGAAGUCUGGGGCUACAGAGGUGUUUGACGAAGAUGCUGCUGUACCCUAUGCGUAUAAAGGUGAUCAGUGGGUCAGCUAUGACAAUGAGAGGAGUCUUAAAAUGAAGUCUGAAUGGAUACUAAAGAAUGGAUUUGGUGGUAUAAUGGUGUUUUUCUUGAAUGCUGAUGACCUGUCAGGCCAGUCUUGCUCUCAAGGGAAGUUUCCACUCAUUACAACCAUAAAGGACACUAUCCAGAACUAUACAAGGACAGUCACAUAAUGUCUGCUCUUACGCAGUUGUCAAGGGGAGAUAAUAGCAGCUGGACGAUGUAAAAUUCCCGAAACUAGUUUAUGUACGUGAGAGCUAUCACGUCCGAGAAGAAUACCUAGUCUUUGCUUCAAUUUUUUUUCGCAUUUGCUUAAAGUACAAUCUAGUCUAAUGUAAAGGAUUGAUCAUAUCUAGAAAUAUAUUUUAUCCUGAAUAAAGAAGAAAUAUGUUUCCCCAAUUAACUUACAGAAAUUACGACACACUGUACAAGAUAUUCCUUUUUAGGGCGAAUACAUGUAAUGUUUGUAACUUUCUUUAUCAAAAUGCUCAUUUUUGUGGGAAAAAACGUUUUUGGCUCUGGGCACUGACAUUUUCUACUGUUUAUGUCGUAUUUUAUCUGCCAUAACAUUUUCUUUACUGUCAAAAAAAAAGAGAACAAAAUAUCCUUUGCACCAAAUUAAAUCUUUCAUUGUAGUACCAAACGUAAAUAUUAUUCAUCGCUCAUCAUUCUGAUCCAGAGAAUGAUUCAUUCGUUGUUAUUUUGUUUCAAAGAUGAGCGGUAUUGUCAUCCACACAUAAUGCCAUAUUGAGAUGGUUUUGUGGUCCAAACUUAGCACCGGCCGCUUGAAAUUCUUUAUAUCUUGUGCAAUGUAAUAUUUUAUAUUUUGCCUUUGUUAAUACUCAUUAGUUUGUGUGACGGAUAAUAAUCUGGUUGAUAUGUUUAUUGUUGUAAUGUGGUUAAUUGCAAAUAAAUUAAUCAAAGUCGAAA